AUGCCGCCUACCCUCGUCCUCAUCCGUCACGCCCAGGCUUUGCAUAAUGUAGCAAGUGACUGGUCCAUUCAUGAUGCACCGCUCUCCGAUCUCGGAAAACAGCAAUGCGCAGAAUUGCACGAAUCUCUCAAGAACAGCAAAAUUGGAAAUGAGAUCGAGCUUAUUGUCGUCAGCGCGAUGCGCCGGACACUGGAAACCGCAGUCCUAGGUUUGGGCUGGUUGAUCGAUGAGAAAAAGAUCAAGGUUUUACCAGAUGCUGGGUGGCAAGAAAACUCAGACAAGCCCUGUGACACUGGCUCUUCAAUUGCAACCAUGGCUUUUGAGUUCCCUCAGUUCGAUUUCUCUAAAGUGGAUCCUCUAUAUCCGGACAAAACCACCUCAGUUAGCAUCAAUCCAUAUGCCUUUACAGGAAAGGCUGUCCUUGCACGAGGCCAAGCGUGUCUCCAAGCGCUUUACUCUCGACCAGAAAAAGUGAUUGCAGUCGUAAGCCACUCAGGCUUCCUACGGACUGCGAUAAGCAAUCGGCGAUUCUUCAACGCAGAUUGGCGAAUCUUCGACUUUGAUGAAGACGCCUUAAUAGAAAGUAGGCAGAAAUGUCUUGGGGUCGACGGGCAAGGCUUGUUCCGGUUGAAGGAGUGGGGAGAGACAGAGGAGAAAGGGGGGGGCAUGAGCAGGAGUGAAAAAGGAAUCUUUGGAGUACUAGCAACUGACUUUCCUCCUGGGAUGGGGUUGCAGGACGAGACACCCACUGAGGACCCGAGUAACAACACAAGUUGA